CGUACAGCUUAUAUUAAGGACAUUCAAGACACAGAUAGGCUGUGCGUAAUCAGUUUUGCCAAGAUGAUCAAGUGUUCUAUCAUAUAUUUCGUUUUUUGCGCUACCCUUGCUAGCGGUGCUGCUCUAAGUGAGGAAAGCAAGUCUUCUCAGCGACAUGUGCGCAGCGCUCAGCUCAACACCAAUGUCAUACAGGAGCUGAAGGCGGCUCAGUCCAAACUAAAAGCUCUCGAGGCCAAGUUCAACGCAUUGGUAGAAAAUCGAGUCCUGAUGUUGAAAGGUCGAGAUGGGCGUGACGGUAGGGAUGGAGCGUCAGGACCAAAAGGUGACGCAGGCCCUCCUGGGCCACAAGGAGCACAGGGACCCCAAGGGAUCAGCGGAGGCGGAGUUCAGUACGUUCGCUGGGGAAGAACCUUGUGUCCAUCAUAUUCUGAACUCGUCUAUAAAGGUCGCAUGGCAGGUGAGCAUUACACGCAUACAGGAGGUGGGGUAAACUACCUCUGUCUGACAGAAAACCCUGUCUACGGCAAAUACAAGGAUGGACUACAGCCAGGGAGCUUACUUUACACUACCGAAUAUGAGGUGACAAGUUCGAACCCGUUCACGAAAAACGUCCACGGACAUGAUGCACCCUGCGCCGUGUGCUAUGUCAGUUCCCGCAGCGCCACGUUACUGAUACCUGGAACGAACGUGUGUCCCGCAGGAUGGUCCCGCGAGUACCACGGGUACCUAAUGACAGCACACCGAGGCCAUGCGCAUCCUUAUGAGUUCAUAUGCGUGGAUAAGGAACCCGAGACUCUAAUAGGUAGUAGUGGUGGUACUGGCGGAGCGCUGCUGUAUCCUGUAAGCGGUGUGUGCGGGCACGGUGUUCCAUGUGGGCCGUACGUCGCUGGCCGGGAAUUGACAUGCGCAGUGUGUACUCGAUAGUCGGAUGCUGGCUUCUUCGGUGGAAUGAGACGGUUCGAUUACUUUGGCUCUGGUAACAUAGUUUAGAAGUGGCAGCAGAAGAAAAUUGAACUUGUAAGAGCUAUCUGCGCGUAUUCGUUUAGACUGCAAACGACAGCGCUUUGCGCAUGUCGGCUGGAAAAAAUUACAAUUACCUAAUCUAGCUACACAUGUUCUCAUAACUCUUUUUAUUGCUAUUGCGCCGACCCAAAAUCCAAAUAGUGAGACUGCGCUGACGUCCCUAUGGCGCACGCGAAAGCAAACCGAAUCCCGUGCACAAGGAAAGCAUUCUUUUUUUUUUGCCGCCUCAGCGAUGAUGCAAACAGUCAUUGGAGUCAUCAAACAACAAUGGUAUUAUAAGAUUAUGAUUUUAAUCAUAUUUUUGCCUGCAGAUGUUUAUAUUAGCUCUUUCUUUCUCGCAGAAAAGUCGAACAUUUCGUUUCGUAUGGUCUAGCUUUAAUGUUAAUAGUCCCAAUAACGGAACUUCAAACCCUUCAAGCCUCUUGGUUGUCUUUUAUACUUUAAAUGCGCAAAAUAUGCGCGAAUAUAUAUAUUUAUAUAUAGCUUUUUACAUUUUUACAAGAAAAAAAAACUAAUGUUAGGCUAGCAGUUUACUUCAAUAUUCUUGCUGUUAAAUAACAAAAAAAAUAUCAUUCAUUCCCCCAAAAUGUGACAAUAUGGACAUUAUGGAAAAGUUUUUCGCUACGUUAACACCCAAAACCAGUUUCUUAACAUACUAAGGAUUCUUAGAAUAUAUGUUUUGUUACUACAUAAGAUAGAGGCCCGAGCAUAUUUGCGUCCAAACAAGUUCGAGAUACAUAAAGAUACAUAAAUU